UCUUUCCGCCGGGAAAUUUGGACAGACGCUCAUACGAUUGCAGUACUAGGCUUCCUCUUCGUGGACUGAGAAUCAUUCCGUGGGGUGAUUUGUUUCUGAUUUUCAAGUUUCAAACAUCACAGGCAUUGUAAAGGAAAUAAAAUCAGAAGGUGAUUUGUUGUUCUGGUUUUUUCGGUUUCCUUCACAAUCAAAGUAAAAAAUUCCCUUUUAUUUUACUCCAAAAGGUACUAGCAUCAACAUCACUGGAAACUGUAAGUGGCAAGCAUGAUCAGAAAUAUUCAGAAUCAUCUCUGGUAAGUCUCGGGAAAGAUUUCAUAAAUCUUAAUGAGUUCCUAUGCUUGGCCAAUGUCGAAAAGUACGGCAGAAGCUGCUGGGAUUGAAUCGGGCUUUGAACACAUCAAUCAGAUUUUUAGAGGCAGUAACUGCAUAUUCGAAAGCUUACAAAGACUCGUACUAUUUCGUGGAUCUCUUGCAGCUCUGUAAAAACACGGCCGGCAUAAAAAAUGUGCAUGCCCAGAUUAUUAUCGGAGGUUGUGGACAAAAUCAAUUUAUUGCAACUAAGGUAAUUGGAAAGUACGCUGAGCUCAGUUCUUCUUCCAACCUGGAAAGCGCAAGGAAGGUGUUUGACAAAUUGUUUAAAAGAGAUGUAUUUUGUUGGAAUGUGAUCAUCAAGAGUUAUGCGAAUGUGGGUCCUUUUGUUGAAGCCUUGAACAUGUAUGAUGAAAUGCGCUCAAAUGGCAUAACUCCGAACCGUUACACAUACCCUUUUGUGCUGAAGGCUUGUGGCGCAGAGGAAGCUCAUAAAAAGGGGCAAGUGAUCCAUGGCCAUGUCGUGAAAUUUGGGUUGGACUUUGAUUUGUAUGUAGGAAACGCUCUCGUGACGUUUUAUGCCAAGUGUAAGGACGUUGACAUCUCUAGAAGAGUAUUUGAUGGGAUUCUUCAAAAAGACAUAGUUAGUUGGAAUUCCAUGAUUUCUGGAUAUACCACAAAUGGAUAUAUGGAUGAAGCAAUCCAGAUCUUCGAUGCCCUGUUGAGGAAUGAUGUCACAGGUGCUCCUGAUAAUGCCACUUUUGUAACUGUUCUUCCAGCGCUUGCUCGGGCUGCAGAUAUCCAAGCAGGAUUCUGGAUUCAUUCUUACAUUGUAAAGUCAGGAAUGAAACUUGAUGCGGCUUUAUGCAGUGGUCUUAUAUCCUUAUAUUCAAACUGUGGCUAUAUCAACAUUGCAAGAGCCAUCUUCGACCGAAUCUCUGACUCCGAGAGAAAUAUUUUUGUAUGGAAUGCCAUAAUUAGAUGCUAUGGGAUGCAUGGCUUUGCACAGGAGGCACUCAGUAUGUUCAAGCAACUAGUUGAAGCUGGCAUACGCCCAGAUGGGGUUAUAUUUUUGUGUUUGCUAUCUGCUUGUAGUCAUGCAGGUAUGCUAGCAGAAGGUUGGGACAUGUUUGAAACCAUGGAAGCUUAUGGAGUUCAGAAAAGUGGAGCACACUAUGCUUGUGCAGUGGAUCUCUUGGGAAGAGCUGGCCAUCUAGAUAAAGCUAUGGAACUUAUUAACUCUCUGCCUAUUCAACCAGAUAAAAAUGUGUAUGGUGCCUUGUUGGGUGCUUGUAGAAUACACAAGAACAUAGAACUGGCUGAAUUAGCUGCUGAGAAGCUAUUUGUGUUGGAUCCUGAUAAUGCAGGGCGUUAUGUAAUUCUGGCACAGAUGUAUGAAGAUGCAGGUCGGUGGAAGGAUGCAGCAAGAGUGAGGACAUUAAUCAGAGAGAGAGAAAUUAAGAAGCCAAUUGGGUAUAGCUCCAUCGAGCUAGAAUCGGGUUAUAAAAAAUUUGGAGUCAACGAUGAGACACACCCUUUUACUUCUGAGAUCUUUGAGACUUUGACGAGCUUGGAUAGGAUUAUGGCGCAAGUAAGUAUUCAUUGAUCCACUCAGCUAUCCUACUCCUCAAUCUGGAAGUUAUACGCCAUUGUCACUAUUUUUAACUACCCAUCUGCCAGGAAAGCAUCGUGUUGUCUAUUUUCUCCUCCAGACUCGAUGCAACGGGGAAAACAAAAAAAUACAUGUUUACACUUGAACAAUGACUUUGUUUUUUUUUCCCAUGAUUUUUUUACUCUAGGUGAGACUGAUCAAACCAAAGUUAUGUCAUUUUAUAUUUAUAUUUUUCGUAUAUCUUGAACGGUAAUAGACAUUUUCAAUGCCACUAAACUUAAAUCAA